AAAGAGCGCUCGCGCGGCCGCUGAAACACAAAGGCUCCUCUGACAUCAGUGCUCGUCUGAGCUCGGGCGGAUAGUGCAGAUCUCCUGCAGGGUGUGCGUGUGUCCUGGAGGCCGUGCUGAUCCUCCUCCACUGACAGACAUGCACGAGAGCGAGAUGAGGCUGAAGAUGCGCGUCAGGCGCAUUAAAGAAGGGCGAGAUCUGAGAGGUGGCUUUGCAGCUUUCUCGUCUUGUUUCCCUGACCUGUGUGAGAGUAAACCAGCCACUAUUGUACCUCUCAGCCUGUCCCAGCCCUGUUUACCUGUGGCCAACAUCGGUCCGACCCGAAUCCUGCCACACCUGUACCUGGGCUCUCAGAGAGACGUCCUCAAUAAGGAACUGAUGACUCAGAAUGGUAUCACAUAUGUUUUGAAUGCCAGCAACACCUGUCCCAAACCUGACUUCAUCAGCGACAACCACUUCAUGCGCAUUCCCGUCAACGACAGCUACUGUGAGAAGCUGCUUCCUUGGUUGGACAAAACCAACGAGUUCAUUGACAAAGCCAAGGUGUCAAACUGCAGAGUCAUCGUCCAUUGCUUGGCUGGCAUAUCCCGCUCUGCAACCAUUGCCAUUGCCUACAUCAUGAAAACUAUGGGCCUGUCUUCAGAUGAUGCCUACAGGUUUGUGAAGGACCGUCGGCCAUCAAUAUCUCCAAAUUUCAACUUCUUGGGUCAACUUCUGGAGUUCGAGAGAGGCUUGCAGACGAAGAAGAGUCUGCCUUGCGACCCCAUAAGGUUAUCAGUGAAACCCACUGAAGAGUUGGCAGACGUCCGCCAGAUGGAGAGCGAUCACUGUGACCAGAGGAAUCCUCAAACGACAGAGAUCACCAUAAAGCCUCCGUCGCCAACCUCACUGCGGAAAGACCUAAGCUCCCUUCACCUGUCCACCGAACGAAUCCUUCAAAACAAACGGCUCAAGUGCUCCUUCUCCCUUGACAUCAAGUCUGUCUACUCAGAGAGACAAAACCAGCAAUCUUCUCCGUCAGACUCUGAAAACAUCCCCAAACUCUGCAGACUCGACAGCCUGAAGACGAGCAACGGAGUAUGUCAACACCCGUCGAAGGUAAACCCUACAGACUCACAGUGUACUAACAAGACAAGAACGAUCCAGCAAAGAGAGAGGUGGGAAAAUGGUGGCUUUGAGAGGUUAUCCACCACCACUCUUUCCCUCAAUCUGAAGAAGGCAAACUGCGGGCCAAGAUCGCAGGAUCCCAUUCGCGAGACCAACUUGAAGGCGCCUACUUUCCUCAGCUUGCCGCUGGGUUCAUCUGCUAACUGGACCACGCAUAGAGGCUCGAAUCAAGCCAGCACCCCGAUCACACCCACGGGUGACUGCCCUUGGUUCUUAGGCACUAAUUUGGCACCAUCUACUGGGAACCCAAUGCACUUUGGCACUGGUCCUGCUUUCACGGCUUACAGUUGCAGUGCCCAAUCUGGCACCUCAAAGCCAAGCGUACGCCGAAGGGACGAAGCACAGGACUUUCAGAACAGCUGGCUCGAGGAAGGGAAAGCGGUAGUUUGCGGUGUAUCGCAAGUGGACACGAAGUACAAGCGGCGCAGCUGCCAGAUGGAGUUUGAAGAGGGUAUUAACACAACACAAAGCAGCGAGGAAUUUGGGAAGCUGGGAAAGCAGUCCAGUUUCUCCGGGAGCGUGGAGAUCAUCGAGGUAUCAUGACAAAGAUGACGAUCUAACACGAAGGCAAUAACUCCAGAUUAUUUAUGAGUUCAAACGAGCUUUGCAUCUGAAAGGGACUGAUGUCUGCCGCCUUU